CCAGUCAGGUUUAUCUUCUCAGGGUGCAGCCAUGCCUGAGAUCUAAGUCUUAAGAAUCUGGUCUCGCUUGCUCAACCUGUUACUGAAGGAAGGGUUAAAGAAAAACGAUAUAGAAAGACACAGAGGACUCCGAAAGUCAUAUUCAGAAAGACAAGAGUGAGAGAAAGAGACCUUAAAGAUGUCUGUCUGAGGGAAAUGGACACAGUUAAAUCCAGUAAUCCAUCAAAAGGACCAGAACUGAGCAAUGUCAUGGCCCCAGAGGAAAGUGCCCUCGAUGACAAGAAUGACAGACAGCGGGAGGAAGAGAAAGAGGCAGACACAGACACUCCUGAUGGAUCUGCACUACCAUCCGUCGCUCAGAAGAGGGCACAAGAGAAACACAGAUACAACACUGUAGGCUACCAGAAAAAGAAGCAGAGGGCAGCUGUGGACUUUUCUACAGUGGGCAAGGGAACAUCUGUCGUGGUGAAGAGCAGAGGUGCAUUAAAGCAGGCACUUUUUAGCCAGGGAGUGUCUGACAAAAAUGGCACAUUAGAGGAGCGAUCAGUUGGUGGGCAGUUGGACGCGCUAAAACAGGUUCUGGAUGCUUUCAACAUACCUGCAGACCUGAGGUGGGCAUGGGGGGAGGGAGGUGCUGAAAUAACACUGGAAAAGAGCUGGACGGACAUAGUGGACUCUCAUGAGUCUAUGUCAAAAACCCAACGGCACCAGCAGGAGGCGCUGUGGGAGCUUAUUAAUACUGAGCUUACCUACAUCAACAAACUCACUAUUGCCAAAGACCUCGUGAUGGCAGCACUGUCGCACUGUCACAGAAAUGGAUUCCUUCUGGACGUAAGCCCCACAAUACUCUUUUCCAAUCUUCCUUCUAUCCUUGAUGCACAUCGACUCUUUUGGCAAGAGGUGAUGUAUCCAAUGUUAAAAGAGGUCCGUCUCACUGGAAGACCUUUUGACCCUCUCAGACUUGAGCCAGGAUGUUUGCAAUUUCCUGAACGUUUUCCUGCAUACUUUGAAUACUGUUUGGAAGAGGAGAGAAAUGUGGAGUUUACUCGCAGACAGCUCGACACAAACCCACAGUUUCACACGUAUCUUACGUGGGUGGAGAAUCAUCCACAGUGUGGGCGAAUGAGACUGGGCGAUAUGCAGGCCAAACCACACCAGAGAAUUACCAAGUACCCUCUUUUGCUGAAAGCUGUGCAGAAGACCACAGAAGACCUCCCCACUAAAAAUGCACUUGAAAGAAUGUUGAACAGUGUCAAUAAUUUUCUAGAAUCUAUCAAUGGCUAUUUGCAAUUUAAAGAAGAUACUCUGGCUCUUUCUGCUGCCGCUCAAAGGAUAGAGGGAUACAAGAUAGAAGGUCUGAGUGAAGAACUAGACAAGUACAUUUGUGAGUACUGCUGCUUUGAUUUGAUGAGCCCGGUAAGAGGGGUGGGAGCAACUGUCAUACGAAAGCAAUUAAUGGAAGAAGCUUUGAAGGUCAGAUUACGAAAGGAAACCAAGGAGCUUGUGGUCCUGCUCUUCACGGAUGUGUUGUUGAUGACUAAAACGCAGAAGAAAUCAGAAAAGCUGAAGGUAGUGCGCCCCCCUCUGCCUCUGGAGAGAAUACACUGCAUUGAGCUCAGAGAUGGAUAUUCGUUUGUGUUAGUGGAGGUUGGUGAUUUAGGUUGUGCUGUCAGUGUGAACUUCCUGUCCACACCCAGUCCAGACAGCUGUGCGUCAUGGGUGUCUGCUCUGCGUGAGACUCAGGCAGCCUUAGAGACUUUGAGGAAAAAUGAAACAAACAAAACCCUGGAGACAGUAAGUACGACAGACUUUGGUGGAUCAGAGAGACCCAUUCAGGAUGAACUGUCUGACAAAGUCAUGGGGGAUCCUGAUGGCCAAUCAGUAUCUGAUAGAUCUGAUAGUGAUAUUGACACAGCUGAGCAUGUGAGGCUACAUCCUUUCCAUACGCGCAAGUCUGAGACAGAAAUGUUGAUGGAUGUAGAGCAAAGUAAAGUUCAGCAGCUGGACAGGAACUCUUCACUGAUUGGUCAACAGAACGAUCAGAGCCAAUCAGCUCAUGAAGAAGUUGUGGGAAAGACUGAUACAACUGCAUUAAAAACUGAAGAAGGGAGAAACAAGAAUUAUAGUAAGCAGUUGGAUGAGGAAGAGGGACUAUCUAAAAUAUCAGAAAGGCGAGUGACAUGGAAACAUGGACAACGAUCAUCUUCAAACUCUAAAGAUGUUGCACAACAGGACUUACCUGUGAGAAACCAGUCGAAUGGUUCAUUCUCAUCGUUGCCUGGUGGAGAUAUGAAGAAAAAUGGCACUUCUAGCCAAUCCUUGCCAAGCACUUCUGCACCAAACAAACUUCCAAUACCUGCAUCAGCAUAUGGGGCACAUGGGGAACCAAUGCAUCCGAAUCAAGAAGAUGACUCUCAAGAAAUCAGGAGAAACUCUUUGUACAGCCAGUCAGGAGAUGAUGAUCAGUUCCUCACAGAAUCAGGAAGGUUCUCCAGGAAACUGAAGUCUCCUCGCAUUCGGAGGAGACGUCCGAAUAAUGUGCAACCAUCUCUCCCUUCUGAUAGUUCCAGGACAACUGUGAACGGCUUAGAACUUACCUCCAAUGCAAAGUCCAAUACAAAGAACCAGAGAAGAGAAUCCGACCCUUCCAUUAAAUCCCAAGAUUCCCACCGAGUGCUAAAGCUGGGAUCUCUAAAAAACAACCAUGGGACUUUAUGGAAUGUUCCUGAAAAAAAAUUGUCACCGGUCCCUCAGACGCACUCUGAACCUGAGCAGACACAUGAUGGGAAGGUUCAAAAGAAACCAAUCAAACUGAAGAAACAGAGGAGCGCCUCCAUCCCGGAGAUCAGAUCUCUCCCGCCUUCUCAUAGACACAGCCCCUCGCCUCCACCAGGCCUUGAUCCCCAGCUUCACCCUUCUCCGCUCCAGGAUCUGCUGCAGAGGGCGAAGGAACGGGAAAAGGAACGUGGACUGGGAAAAAGAAAGGGGAAGAAAAAAACUGUAUCUCUACAAAAUUCUCCAACUAUCUCUGCCUCUCCAUCACCGUCAGUCAGUGAAGGAGAGAGAGAAGCAGAAAGAGAGGAAUCAGCAGUACCCAGAAUGAUAUCUGCACAUGGAUGGAGAGAGGGCAACGUGGAUGGAAGUGAGGAUGAGAUGAAAGAGAGCAAUAAUGUCCUAGAGGGCAUCAGCGUGGACUGGCCAGGCUGGUGUUUUGACGACGAGGAGGUUUUUGACUUUCAGUACUUUGAUGAUGAAAACUGGUUUGGCAAGAAUCAGACCACAAAUGAGCCCCGGAUGUCAGAGACGAAAGAUGAAACAGAAUGUAGUGAGGUAUAGUCUUAGAAAUGUGUGAAAAGUGUUUGGAGAAAUGUAAUAUAUGUUAAGUUCUGUGGUGUUGUUUAAUAAUUAUGUAGCAUGACUAUUAUAGUCAUAUUAUAUAUUUGAGUGAUAUAUACAGCCUGCACACAGUUGUUUUUUAAAUGAAAGAUUAACAUAGUGUCUAUUGUUAUUAUUAUAUGUAUUUGUGUACAGAAUGUUUUCUCUGUAUAGCAAUAAAAAUGUUUUUAACUAUGCACAAGAAACAAAAAAAGAUUAAAUUAA